UGCCUGGUCUACUGUCUGUCUCUCAGAUCAAAGACGGUGAUACUCACGAGCUUCCGAAGAUAAGGCUGCUGGGAUAUCUCCCCACCCCAGUCAGACUGGGAACUUACUGUCUGUUUUCUAGGAUGGAUUUUACUGGUAAAACUAGAUGUGUCCUAGACGCUUAAGGGGCCUGUUUAUACUGAGUAUAUUUUGAAUGCCAGCGUUCAAGUGGGACAAGGAAAUCACAUUCUAAGGUCAGCAGUUCCCUGAAAGAUGGCAGAUGAAUACUCCCAUGUUGGAAAAGAAAACUGCAGUGAGCAGGCGAGAAGAAGCCAGGUCUCUGGUCCACGUUCACAGUUCCAGAGAAGUUUCAUCCAGAGAGUAACAUUGCUGGGAAAGCUGCCCACCAGAUUUGUUCUCCAUCGCGAAAAGAAGCAGAAGGUUGCUGCUAUACUGGGGGUUGACCAAGAAGCCAUGAAGUCUCUUCCAGAGGGAGACUUAGACCAUUGCCUGCUGAGUAAGGUGGACCUGAGGCGACAGCAGAUUUCUCAGACUGUGGAGGAGGUGCAGAAAAUCAUCCACCUUCUGACUACAGAAAUCAGCCACCAGGACAGUCGCUUCGAAGCCGUGCCUGUCUCUGACACACACAACGAGAACAUUAAGGUUUUGGCCCCCAGCCUCUUCCAUGUCACCGUUCCACUGAAAGGCCUUGCAGGGUACAAGGGGGUCCGGACGCAGCGCUGGCGGUACUACAACUUGCAGGGCACCAAGCUCACCUGCCCUUUGCGGGACCCCGAAGGCCUGCAACAGUGGCUGGAGACUGAGACAUUCAUGAAGACCCUGUGGCAGUGGCACAAGGCAGAUGUGAACAUUGAGGGGGACAUUGUGCCAGCCAAAGUCCUGCAGGUGUUCCGGACGCUGGUGGAAAAUGCCGUGAGAACCUGUCACCUCUCAGGCAAAGUCACUGUGCUAGAAAAACGAACUACGGUUUGGGUGGCUGUGGAAACGUCCACAGGCCAGGUGGAGCUGGAGCUGGCCCCCACCGUGGAGAUCCCCACCACCUGGCCUGAGAAAGCCCAGUGGCCUCGGUGUCUGAAGCGGUGGCCUUCCCCGGAGAGAGUGGAGUGCAUCAAGUCAUUUGGGUUUAGCUUGGUGGCCCAGUCCAGCUAUCACUGGCAGCUGAGUUUCUCCCAGGCGGAGCAGGUGCUGUUUGAGCAGCUGGAUGAGGAUGGAGGCUGCCGCAGGCAGUGCUUUCAGGUCCUGAGGCAGCUGAAGGAGGAUGUGUGGUGUCCAGGGAGGAGGCCAGUCAUCACCACCCACCACCUGCAGACCAUGCUCUUCUGGACUUGUGAGAAAUACCCCCACCUCAAGGAUUGGCAGGUCUUCCACCAAGCCCUCCUGCGCCUAGUCCGGAAGCUGCACAGAUGCGUGAGCCAGCACUUCCUGAAACACUAUUUUGUUCCAAAGAGCAACCUCCUUCAGUCAGCUAACCCAAGUGAGCUGGAUGCAGUGGCCCAGAAAGUGGCCCUUUUCCUAAAGAAUCCAUGGGUCGAGCUGCCCUGAGAUGGCCCACGGAAUCCUUGCUUCAUUCCUUCCUGCUUGACUUCAUUCUCAGGGUGGUUCCUCUGUUGGCUGCCAGGAUCCUGGGCUAGAGAGAGGCGGUCAAUGACAGAGAGAAUGAAUCAGGCCAUCAGCUAGCUCAUCAGAGACAAAACUGCUCCUGCCCCAGGACACACAAGCAUUUCAUCUUCCCUACCUCUCCUGGGGACGGUUCUCAUCCAGCUUCUCCAGUGACUGAUUUCCCUUACUCAGGAGAUGGGCUCAGGGCAGGCCAGGCAUUAACCUGCUGCUGGCAAAUUCUCCUGCUGGCUGGACCAGAACCCAUACCAUGACAGACAGCCCAUUGGUGGCUGUUGUCCUUUAUAACUCUCUAUGCUCCAGCUCCAAGCAGAGGCCAGUGGUCCAGGCUCCUGAGCCGUUCUCCUGUUCUUCUAUCAAGUGUGGGGAGUCAUUGUGAGGCUCAGGGAAAAUCCCAGAGGAGGACCCAGCUGGAACUCUACCUGUUGCCUGACUCCUCACAACCCUCUCUGCCAUGGUCAAGCGUAGAACUUGCUUCCAUUUCAGGAAUGAGCUCUGUGCUGUGGCCUUGCAUGGAUCCACCUCCAUGUCCUUCAUGUCUGGAUGUUAGCUCAACCCAUUCACUCACUCACUCACUCGCUGACACACAAACACUCACUAGGCACUGAGAAUACAGGAACAAACAAGACAGACUCACUGGAGAAGACAGGAAGAGAACAGCAGAUCGGUAAACUCUUGUCACCACACACAGAAGGCAUGAGUGAGAGAAUGUGGACAGCUAAGAGAGGCCAGAAUGGUGACCACAGGCUGGGAGGGAUAGGUGGGCAUCCCUAGCUGUGCGAAGCUGGGGUGGAAUCAGUAUAUUGUGUCCUGGGAUCAAAGGUGCAACAUUUACCUCCAACAAGAAGAAAGACUUUGUGGUCUGAAGCACAUUUCAAAGAUGGUGGCUCUGGUGGCCAUGUUAGGAGGGACACUGAGGUCCCUGCUCUUUCCCAUCCAAAGAAUACUGAGCCUCAAAACAUCACAUACUGCACAGUCUGGGGAUUAUGCUCUUAGAGCAAAUGGCAUUUUCUUAAUGCUUCUCAACUCCAGGAAAUCCUUUAUGAGUUUUGAACAUUUUUCCCAAAUUUGCUUAACAAAGUAAUAUCCUUAAAGGCAUAAGUACUGCUUUGGGGGAUUUGAAGAAACCUGCCUUUGGAGGACUGAGCCCGAGGCCUCUGACCUGCUUAGCCUACGCCCUGCCAAUGAGCUGUAUUGACCUUUUCUUUAGAGGCUGGAUCUC